AUCACCAUUGCUCAAAUCAGGCUAUUCUCUCCCUUCCAUAUGGAGAUUUCUGUAAUGAGUUUAAGCCUAUUCUUCUUAGUAACCUUUCAUGCCAUCCUUGUCCAAGUGUUCCUCAACUUGUCAUUUCCUGAAUAUGUUUCCGCGGCCAUACCUGGCAACGGGACAGAUAAACUGGCGUUGCUCGAGUUCAAGUCCCAAAUCACUGAAGAUCCUCUAGGAGUUUUAGUCUCUUGGAAUGAUUCUAUUCAUUUCUGCUGGUGGACUGGAGUCACUUGUGGCUUUAAACACCAGAGGGUCACUAGUUUGGAUCUCCAACGGCAAACGUUGGCUGGAACCAUAUCACCCCACAUUGGAAACCUCUCUUUCCUUCAACUCCUCAACCUUGCAGACAAUUCCUUCCAUGGUGGGAUUCCCCCAAAACUUGGUCACUUGUUCAGGCUUCGAAGUUUGAACUUGAGCUAUAACUAUUUAGAUGGUGAAAUUCCUGUUAAUCUCUCUCGCUGUUCCAACCUCAUGAAUCUCUUUCUGGACCACAAUUAUAUCAAAGGACACAUUCCUCCUGAAGUUGGGUCACUGUCAAAACUUGUGACAUUGUACCUCAAGAACAACAAUCUUACAGGUAGGUUUCCGGCUUCAAUCGGAAAUCUUUCCUCUCUCCAAGAGCUUUACUUAUCAUAUAACAAUUUGCAUGGAGAAGUUCCAGGAACAAUGGCCCAACUGAGAAGUUUGAAGCUACUUGGGUUGUCGAUGAAUAGCCUUUCUGGGGAGUUUCCUCUUUCACUUUACAAUCUCUCCUCCCUCAAACUCCUAGCUUUGUCUUUUAACAAUUUCACUGGAAAUCUCAGAGCCGACAUAGGCUUUGCUUUUCCAAAUCUCCAGCGACUCUAUUUGGCAGACAACUACUUCACUGGUCUAAUUCCUGUUUCAUUGUCCAAUGCUUCAGAGCUUCUACAGCUUGAUAUCCCGGACAAUUAUUUCAAUGGUAGCAUACCAAUGGAUUUUGGCAAGCUACAGAACAUCUUGUGGCUCAAUUUUCGUAAUAAUCAUCUUGGAAGUGGCACAAUUGAUGAUUUGAAGUUCAUCAAUUCUUUGACCGAUUGCAGCCAGCUCCAGUUCCUGGAUAUUUCCGACAACGAGUUUGGAGGUAUGUUGCCUCACUCAAUAACCAAUCUGUCAACCCAAUUGACGCGUCUACUUGUUGGAGGAAACAGCAUUAGUGGAAGCAUACCUAAAGAGAUUGAGAACCUCUUCAACUUAAAUGUACUGAGCAUGGAUCAUAACUUCCUAACAGGUAACAUUCCAGCUUCCGUUGCAAAGCUUUCAAGCCUGAAACGCCUUCAUUUGGAGGCAAAUCAAUUAACUGGGGAAAUUCCCUCUUCCAUUGGCAACAACACUCAGUUGUUGUAUCUUUAUUUAGGAAACAACAGCUUGGGUGGAAGCAUACCUUCAAGUUUAGGAAACUGUAUAUACAUGCAGUCUUUAGACCUUUCUCGGAAUAAGUUCAAUGGCACCAUCCCAGAACAACUUAUAGGUCUCUCAUCCCUUUCAGUAGUCCUUGACCUCUCUCACAACUCCUUGACUGGUCCCUUGCCAGAGGCAGUUGGUAAUUUGACAAAUCUUGCUGCUCUUGAUAUUUCGGAUAACAAAUUGUCCGGUGAGAUUCCAAGCAAGCUGGGCAAUUGUUUGGUUCUGGAACAGCUUUAUCUGCAAGGAAAUUCCUUCAGAGGAAGCAUUCCUGCUUUGAGUCAUUUGGAAAAUAUUGGAUAUUUAGAUCUUUCUAGCAACAACCUGUCAGGCCAAAUUCCACAAUAUAUGGUCAAUCUUUCCUCUUUAGUAUACUUGAAUCUAUCGUUUAACAAUCUCGAGGGUGAGCUACCUGAACAAGGGGUAUUCAGAAAUGCAAGUGCAUUUGAAGUCCUCAGCAACAUGAAGCUUUGUGGGGGUGUCCAGGAGUUACAUUUGAAACCAUGCCCUGUGCAAGCACCUGAGAAGCCUCAUAAGCACAUUUCUCACAUAUUAAAAUUGGUGCUAAUAAUUUUUGCCUCUUGCCUAGCAUUGAUGUUGUUAUCUAUACUUUCACUUUACCGUGUGAAGAAGCUUAAAACUAGGCCUCAUUCUUCAUCUCCAUUUGGGCACUCUUUCCCGAAGAUUUCUUAUGAAGAGCUCCUCAAUGCGACUGGUAGAUUCUCUUCAUGCAAUUUGAUUGGCUCAGGUAGUUUUGGGACUGUGUAUAAAGGAAUUCUCAGUCCCGAACAAACAAUUGUUGCAAUAAAGGUACUCAAGCUUCAACAGAGAGGAGCUUCCAAAAGCUUUAUGGCUGAAUGCCAAGCCUUUAGAAACGUCCGGCACAGGAACCUUGUCAAAAUCCUGACAGCUUGCUCAAGUAUUGACUUCAACGGCAAUGACUUUAAAGCUUUAGUAUAUCAGUAUAUGCCAAAUGGGAGCUUGGAGAAAUGGCUGCAUCCAGAAGGAGGACAAAUCGAACAGAAAAGUUUAAGCAUUCUCCAACGAUUAAACAUUGCAAUAGAUGUGGCUUCUGCAUUGAAUUAUCUUCAUAACCAAUGUCAGACACCAGUGGUUCACUGUGAUUUAAAGCCGAGCAAUGUUCUCCUUGACAAUGAUCUGACUGCUCAUGUGAGUGAUUUUGGCUUGGCAAGACUUCUUUCAGAAUCCAGUCAAAAUGCUGAUUUGCAUCACUCCAGCUCACUUGUGAUUAAAGGAACCAUUGGGUAUGCAGCUCCAGAGUACGGCAUGGGUGGUCAGAUGUCAAUUCUAGGAGAUGUCUACAGUUAUGGCAUUCUCUUGUUAGAGAUGUUUACCGGAAAAAGACCCACUGAUGAAUUAUUCAAAGAUAAUUUAAGCCUUCACAGCUUUGUCAAACUGGCAUUGCCAAAUCAAAUAAUGGAGAUCAUUGACCAAUCAGCUCUGUACAAAGAAGUGGCAGGAGAAGCUAAUAAGAGAGUUUCAAGCUGGAGUGACUUGAGAAGUGAACAGAUUGAGUGCUUGGUUUCUGUUUUCCAAAUUGGAGUUGUUUGUUCAGCAGAGUCUCCACGAGACAGAUUGAACAUGAGACGAGUCGUCUUGGAUUUGAUGUCGAUCAGAGACGCAUUUCUUGGAAUGGGAAUGAAUGAGGACUGAGGAGAAAAACCACAGCCUAGAUAGGACCGUCGAGUUUGUUUGAGCCAUACGAAGAUGGAAAAUACUUGUAUAAGCCCAUCCUAUAAAUUUAAGGUUUCAAGGAAUGUAUGUUGUCUAUGCUGCCAAGUUGAAUGUAAAUCUGUUUCCAAUAUUUUCUUUUGCUUCCUUUAAAAGCUUAAUGUCACACCGGCGAAUUUGAAAACUACUUUAU